AUGCUCCGCCCCCUGCUCCGCCCCCUGCUCCUCCUGCUGCUCCUCGCCGAGCUUGAAGGUAAACUCCUGAAGACUCAGAGACUCGGUGGACCUCGAGUCUUUCCUGCUCAUGAAUUAGUAGACAUGUCUUUGAUCCACAUGUCUCUGUGUGUCCUCUGAUGAUGGUGUCUCCCUGACCUUUGACCUCCUGUGUUUCAGCCACGUUUUACACCGAAGACUUCACUCUGAACCUGAACAAUCCGUUCAGUCUGUACGGGACGGAAAGGACGCAGAUCUUUGUGAGUCUGAGGACGUCUGUCUCGGUUCUGUUGAUCAUUGGUCCCUCAGAGAAGUUCUUCUUCUCACCCGUGACCUUAAAUCACUGAAGCAGGAAAAUGUCCAUAAAAGGGCGUGCAGGGCGGCGCCAUCAACUAGAGGGUUUUUUUAUUUGAAUCUCUCCUUUUUAUGCAGGUGAGCUUCACCGAUGAACAUUUCGCCGUUUGUUUCGAUGGAUAUCACGGUUCGACCUCCGACGCCGACUGCCUCCUGAUGAAGGGGAAGGCGGCGAGGAAAGCGGGCGUCCGUCAAGAUGACGCUGACAAAAUUGACAAAGACCAAUUCAAAGAAGUAUAUCCCAACAUCAAAUCAGAUCUGAAGAGUAUCGUAUACAUGUCCAUGAAGGUUGGAGAAUCAGAUGUGAGUGACAUUCAUUCAUUCAUUCAUUCAUUCAUUCAUUCAUUCAUUCAAUGACUGGUUAGAAAAUAACUCAUGUUUUAAACCUGCCUGUCUGUCUGUCUCUCUGUCUUUGUCUGUCUGUCUGUCUGUCUCUAUGUCUGUGUCUCUGUCCGUCUCUGCAGUAUUUAAUCCCUAUAUACAGCGCUGGGACAUACGGCAGCAUCUCCACCUUUGUUAAUUCCGGCCCCCCAGUGGUGAGUCUUUCCAACGUUUAUGUCUGAGGGUCAUGAACGGUUUCUGCUCAGCUGACCUUCAAACGCACACACUCAGCAGAUACUGCAUGAAGACCCUGACCCUGACCCUGACCCGGGUCUUGACAAAGACCUCGCUCUAAAAUCAAGUUUCUGCAGAAACUGAAAAACCUGAAGAGAGAAACUUGAAGCUCUGCGUGAGCCGGAGGGUUGUGUGUGAUUUGUCACGUCGACUCUCAGAGAGUUCAGACCCAGAACUCGUUAACCAGUCCGGCUGAAGCCUGGAGCGUCUCUGAGGAAUGACAGACUGUCAGUUUUUCGGCUCCAGGUCGUCAAACUCCGACUUUUCUGACUCAACCUGAUCUCAGAGCUCAGGAGGUCCGGGGAAAUGCUGCAGGUGCUGCUCACCUGUCCUGACAGUGGGUUGGGGUGGGGGUGGGGGGGUAGCACUGGUUACCAUGGCGACAGAUCAGGUGUAUGUUAGCUCUGCAGCGUCAGUUGCCGUGGUAACAGCUCAGCAUUAAGUGAACUGUAACUGCAGCAUUAAAAGCCCUGGUGUAGCGAGCGUCACCAUGGUAACUGCUCAAUAUCAGGUAUGGUAUGUCACACCGUUACCAUGGUGACGGUUCAGUAUAUGACAAAGCAGCAGGGCAACAGACCCGAUCCUGGUCUCUGUGGUUCUGUAUCUCUGUGGUUCUGUAUCUCUGUAGUUCUUUAUAUCUGUAGUUCUGUAGUUUUGUAUCUCUGUGGUUCUGUAUCUCUGUAGUUCUGUAGUGCUGUAUCUCUGUAGUUCUGUAGUUCUGUAUCUCUGUAUCUCUUUGGUUCUGUAUCUCUGUAGUUCUGUGGUUCUUUAUAUCUGUAGUUCUGUAGUUCUGUAUCUCUUUGGUUCUGUAUCUCUGUAGUUCUGUAUCUCUGUGGUUCUUUAUCUCUGUAGUUCUGUAGUUCUGUAUCUCUGUAGUUCUGUAUCUCUUUGGUUCUGUAUCUCUGUGGUUCUGUAUCUCUGUAGUUCUGUAGAUCUGUAUCUCUUUGGUUCUGUAUCUCUGUGGUUCUGUAUCUCUGUAGUUCUGUAUCUCUGUGGUUCUGGAUGCCUGUAGUUCUUUAGUUCUUUAUCUCUGUGGUUCUGUAUCUCUGUAGUUCUGUAUCUCUGUAGUUCUGUAUCUCUUUGGUUCUGUAUCUCUGUGGUUCUGUAUCUCUGUAGUUCUGUAGAUCUGUAUCUCUUUGGUUCUGUAUCUCUGUGGUUCUGUAUCUCUGUAGUUCUGUAUCUCUGUGGUUCUGGAUGCCUGUAGUUCUUUAGUUCUUUAUCUCUGUGGUUCUGUAUCUCUGUAGUUCUGUAUCUCUGUAGUUCUGUAGAUCUGUAUCUCUUUGGUUCUGUAUCUCUGUGGUUCUGUAUCUCUGUGGUUCUGUAUCUCUGUGGUUCUGUAUCUCUGUGGUUCUGUAUCUCUGUAGUUCUGUAUCUCUGUGGUUCUGUAUCUCUGUGGUUCUGUAUCUCUGUAGUUCUGUAGUUCUGUAUCUCUGUGGUUCUGAAUGCCUGUAGUUCUUUAGUUCUUUAUCUCUGUAGUUCUGUAGAUCUGUAUCUCUUUGGUUCUGUAUCUCUGUGGUUCUGUAUCUCUGUAGUUUUGUAUCGCUGUAGUUCUGUAGUUCUGGUUCCCUGCAGGUUUAUAGUACUGUAACUCUCCCCCCUGUCUCUCUCUGUCUCUAACCCUCACCCUUUCAGAGCGCUGUUCUUCUGGUCGGUGGUAAAGAAGUGUUCAAUAAAGCGGUUCCUGGUUAUAUUCCCCAUGACGUCAGCGGCUGCAGAUUCAAAGGUGUUUUUCAGAGUUUCUUUCAGACGUUGUUUAAAGGUUUAUAAGUGGAGUUUCAGUCCUGACACUUUUAUCUCUGUAAACCUUUUUUUUUCCAUGCAGACAUGGUGUUGAAGCCAGGAGAGGAGAAAACAGAUUCAAACUGUCAGACGGCAAAAUGUCCCAGUCCAGGAAAAAGCUCUGUUUCUGGCUGUGAUGGAGAUGACGUUUGUAUCUCUGGCAGGUAAAUCCAUUCUUCAUGUUUGAGAGAGGGACUCCUCCAAACAACACAACCAUUUACACUUUAGAUGUUAUUUAUCCUCCAGUCUGUUAGAUAAACCCUGAGGAAGACUAUAUUAAAAAAUAUGACUUUUUUUUCCUACUAAAAUUUGAAAUAUUUAACAUGCUGUACUAUGGCAUUUUUUUAACACUAAAAUUUCAAAUUUUUAACAUUACUGUGCCAUUUUGAUUAAACUUUACUAUGGCAUUUUAUGUAUACAAAAAAAUAUACAUAAGUUUUUAUUUUACUACACUAUCACAUUUUUUAUCAAACAAUAUUCUGGGAGAUUUUUUUAAACUAACAUACUAUUUUUUUUUCACACAUUAAAAUUUCAAUUUUUUAACAAAUUAAACUGAAUUUUUUUCAUACUACUAUUUGACAUUUAUUUCUGUUCUUUAUAAUGAUAUUUUUUCACCAAAUUUUGAAAUUUUUAUAGAACUAUAUUAUGACAUGUUUAUCAUACAAUGCUAGGACAUUUUUAAUAUACAACUAUCUAACAUUUAUUUCCGUACUAAAUUUUGAAUUGGCAUUUUCACUAGAAUUUGAAAAUUUUAAACAUUUUAUACAAUGGCAUUUAUUUUUCAGACUAAAAUGUGAUUUUUUUUCACAUACUUUAAUGGGACAUUUUUAUUAUAUUUCUUUCCGACAUUUAUUUUCAUACAAAAAUAUGGAUUUUAUUUCACUUAAACUUGAAUUUUUUAACAUGCUAAACUAUCACAUUUUUUAUAAUCAAACCAUACUGUAGCAUUUUUUCAAACAAAAAAUAAAAAUUUUUCACACAAAAAUUUGUCAUUUUGAACAUAAAAUACUAAAACAUUUUCAUCAUACUUCUAUCUUACAGUAUUACCAUACUAAAUUAGGAAAUCCUUUUUCACCAGAAUUGGCAUGGCAUAUUUAUCAUACAAUACUAUGGCAUUUUUUUCACAUUGAAAUGUUCUUUUUUUACACUAAAAUUUUUAAUUUUUUACAUCCAACACUAUGACAUUUUUAUCAUACUACAAUCUGACAUCAGUUUCAAUUCUUAUGUAUGUUUUUUUUCCACCAGAGUCUGAAAUUGUUAACAUACUACACAAUGGACAUUUAUUUUAAAUAAAAUAAAAAACUUUUCUUCACACUCAAAUUUGAAAUUUUUUCACAUACUAUAAAAUGACAUUUUUAUUAUACUUCUAUCUGACAUAUACUUCCAUUAUUAAUCAGGAAAUUUUUUGCACUAAAAAUUUUUGACAUACUAUACUAUUACAUUUUUUUUCAUGCCCAGAUAUGAAAUCAUUUUUCACACCAGAUUUGAAAAUUUUUACAUACUUUACUGUUACAUUUUUACCAUACUUCUAUCUGACAUUUAUUUCCAUACUAAAUUAUGAUUUUUUUUCAACAAAUUUUUGAAAAUUUUAACACACUAUACUAUGACAUUCUUUUUCAUACUAUACUAUGGCAUUUUUUCAUACCAACUUAUUUUUUUUUCGCACUUAAGUUUGUCAUUUAUGACAUACUAUACUAUGACAUUUUUAUAAUACUACUAUCUAAACAUUUUUUUCCAAACUAAAAUAUGAUUUUUUUUUCACACUGAAAUUUGAGAUUUUUAACAUACUAUGUUGUGACUUUUUUUUUCAUGCCCAGAUACUAAAUUAUUUUUCAAACUAGAUUUGAAAAUUUUUACACUUUACUGUGACAUUUUUAUCAUACUAUACUGACAUUAUUUUUCAAACAAAAAUAUGAAACUUAUUUUUACACUAAAAUUUGACAUUUUUAACAUACUAUACUAUGACAUUCUUAUCAUAAAUAUUUAUGAAAUUUAUUUUCACUCAAAAAUUUUUACCAUACUAUACUAUGACUUUUUUUUCAAUCAAAAAUAUGAAAUGAUUUUUCCACUAAAAUUUCAAAAUUUGAACACAAUAUACUUUGACAUUUUUACCAUGCUAACGUGAAAUUUUUCUACACACAAACAUGAAAUUUUUAACAUAGUAUACUAAGACAUUUUUAUCAUACUAUACUAUAACAUAAUUUUUCAUACAAAAAUUCAAAAAAAAUGUUCACACUAAAAUUUGAAUUUUUAACAUACUAUACUAUGACAUUUUUAUCUCACUACACUGACAUUUUUAUCAUGACAUUUUUUUUCAUACAAAAAUAUGAAAUUUAUUUUCACACAAAAAUUGAAAUUUUUAUCAUGCUAACGUGAAUUUUUUCUUCACACAAAAACUUUAAAUUUUUAACAUUCUAUACUAUGACAUUAUUUUUUCAUACAAAAAUCUGAAAUUUAUUUUCACAUCACAAUCAUAUUUUAGUUUUGAAAUAAAUUUUUAGAUAGUAGUAUUAAAAAAAUGUCACAGUAUACUAUGACAUUAUUUUUUCAUACAAAAUAUAAAAAUGUAUUUUCACAGGAAAAUUUGGAAUUUUUAACAUACUUCACUAUGACAUUUUUUCAUACUAUGACAUUAUUUUUUCAUGCUCACAUGUGAAAUAUUUCUACACACAAAAAUAUGACAUUUUUAUCAUACUAUACUAUGGCUUUUUUUUUCAUACCCCGAUAUGAAAUUAUUUUUCAUACUAAAAUUUGAAAUUUUUUAAAACUUGACUGUGACAUUUUUAUCAUACUUCUAUUGGACAUCUAUUUCCAUUCUAAAUUAUGACUUUUUUUCACUAAAAUUAGAAAGUUUUAACAUACUAUUCUAUGAGAUUUUUUUUCAUACCCACUUUUUUUUCCACUAUUUUUAUCAUAUCAUACAAUACUAUGGCAUUUUUUUCGUACCUAAAUAUGGAAUGUUUUCACAUUAAAAUUUGACAAUCUUAACGUACUUACGUAUGACUUUUUUGUCAUGACUUUUGUCAUCUGACAUUUAUUUCCAUAAAAAAAUAAGGAAAUGUUUUUUUUCACUUAAAUUUGAAAUUUUGAACAUUUUAUACUAUGAUCUUUUUAUCACACUACACUAUGACAUGUAUUCAAACUAAAAUAAGGUUUAUUUCACACUAAAAUAUGAACAUUUAGUUGCCUGAGGUCCCUCUUGUUGCUUACAAUACCUUUUGCCCCCCCUUCCCCAGCUGUAAAUCUGCAGGCGCCUGCACUUUUACCGGACCUUCAGUCGUCGACGUUAAAGGCGGCUUUCGUUACAUUAAGGAUCACUGUGAUUACCGUCUGAUGGCGAGCACAGUAGUCCCAGACUUCUCGGUGGAGGGGAAGUACAAUGAACGGCGGCGCAAGGACGUGAGCUUCCUGGACUCGGUGGUACUUAAAUAUAAGAGCACUACGUUCAGCCUGGAGCAAGGUGGCAGAGUGAAGGUAAGCCUCCCACAGCAACACUUUCAGGUGUGACAGUCAGAGUAUGAAAAGCUGCUGUUGUUCACCGUCUCCUCUCCUGUGGCCGUUUCUGGUCGUUUGCUCUGUUGCAGGAGGGGGAGAGCGUGCUGACCCUCACUGAUACGCUCAAAACUUUUGGAAAGAUCUCUCUGAAGAAGGAGCCUGAAGGAGUGACGGCGGUCUACUCAGAAAAAGGCUUCGACACCUUUGUCUUCUUCAACGGCUACACAGCUCAGAUCCUCUUCACAGGUACAGAAACUGAACCCAGAUCCAAUCCAAAGUCCGGUCUUUAGAGGGACACACUUUAGUGGGCAGGAAUGAGGAAACCGUUCACUUUGACUUUAGAACCUCAGGGUCCAAGUAGAAAAUGUGUCUUUGGCUCUUCACCCAUAAUGCAGCUGGAAAAGACAACAUGACUCAGCAGAAAAUCACGUUAAAGUGGCGCUGAUGGUGAUUUUUAACAACGAGUUCAAACAGAUAACAACUCUAACAGACGACGUAACCCUGACCCUGAGCCUGUAUCAAUAAAUCACUUAAUCAAUGAAUCAAAGAAUUAAUGAAUCUGUGAAUCAAUAGGGAAUCAAUGAGUCUUUGAAUCAAUAAAUCACUAAAUCAAUAAACCAGUAGAUCUCUGAAUCAGUGAAUCAAUGAAUUAUUAAAUUAUUGAACCACUGAAUCAGUGAUCCAAUAAAUCAAUUUGUUAAUGAAUCAAUAGAUCAGCAAAUUAGUAAAUAACAGUAUCGAUGAAUCACUGAAUUAAUAAUUCAGGGUUAUAGAGCUUUUAUUUUGAAGGGUUAAUCUCUGUUUUGGUAAAACCUCACAGGGUAAUAGAGCUUUUAUUUUGAAGGGUUAAUCUUUGUUUCAGUUAAACCUCACAGGGCUAUAGAGCUUUUAUUUUGAAGGGUUGAUCUUUGUUUCAGUUAAACCUCACAGGGUUAUAGAGCUUUUAUUUUGAAGGGUUAAUCUCUGUUUUAGUAAAACCUCACAGGGUUAUAGAGCUUUUAUUUUGAAGGGUUAAUCUCUGUUUUAGUAAAACCUCACAGGGUUAUAGAGCUUUUAUUUUGAAGGGUUAAUCUCUGUUUUAGUAAAACCUCACAGGGUUAUAGAGCUUUUAUUUUGAAGGGUUGAUCUUUGUUUCAGUUAAACCUCACAGGGCUAUAGAGCUUUUAUUUUGAAGGGUUGAUCUUUGUUUCAGUUAAACCUCACAGGGUUAUAAAGCUUUUAUUUUGAAGGGUUAAUCUCUGUUUUAGUAAAACCUCACAGGGUUAUAGAGCUUUUAUUUUGAAGGGUUAAUCUCUGUUUUAGUAAAACCUCACAGGGUUAUAGAGCUUUUAUUUUGAAGGGUUAAUCUCUGUUUUAGUAAAACCUCACAGGGUUAUAGAGCUUUUAUUUUGAAGGGUUAAUCUCUGUUUCAGUUUAACCUCACAGGGCUAUAGAGCUUUUAUUUUGAAGGGUUGAUCCAGUCCUGUCCCCCCUCAGGUCCGUCAAAAACGUCUCUUGGGUUAAAACAUUUGUGCGCUAAUGCCGGAGCAGCUGCUGCUGACGUGAGGGACACGAAAGACAGGUGAGUCCACGCCCACUAAUACUGACCUCUGAGCCCCCUCUGUGACCUUUGACCCUCCUGAUGUUUCCGCCCCCCAGCUGUGAGACAGAACCGAAGGACGACAGUAAGGACGAGUCCAUCAACUGUGAGGAAGCAAAGAAGAGGUGAGUGUCCGUCCUCCUCUGUCUGUCUGUCUGUCUGUCUGUCUGUCUGUCUGUCUGUCCUCCUCUGUCUUUCCAUCUGUCUGUCUGUCUGUCUGUCUGUCUGUCUGUCCUCCACUGUCCGUCCUCCUCUGUCUGUCUGUCUGUCUGUCCUCCUCUGUCUGUCCAUCUGUCUGUCUGUCCUACUCUGUCUGUCUGUCUGUCUGUCUGUCUGUCUGUCCUCCUCUGUCUGUCCAUCUGUCUGUCUGUCCUCCUCUGUCUGUCCAUCUGUCUGUCUGUCUGUCUGUCCUCCUCUGUCUGUCUGUCUGUCCUCCUCUGUCUGUCUGUCUGUCUGUCUGUCCUCCUCUGUCUGUCUGUCUGUCUGUCCUCCUCUGUCUGUCCAUCUGUCUGUCUGUCCUCCACUGUCCGUCCUCCUUCGACUCAUCUGUCUCUGUCCAUCACUCUCUGGCUCUGUCGUCCUCUGUCUGUCCUUCUCUGACCCGUCCUCCUUUGACUCAUCCUCACUCUCUGUCUUCCUCUGACCGUCCUCCUCUGUCUGUCUGUCCUCCGACUCGUCCUCCUUUGACUUGUCCUCCUCCUCUGUUUGUCUCUCUCUGUCUCUGUCCUCCAGGUGCGCCGUCCUGAACUCUGACCCCUUCACCAAAUGUCACGGCCUGGUCAGUCCCGCGUCCUUCGUCAAGUCCUGCGCAGACACCAUGUGUUCGUACCCCCCUGUGGACGGUCUCACCUGUUCCUUCCUGGAGUCCUACAGCCGGGUCUGUGGACUCUUCUCUCAGGACGUCCAGGGCUGGAGGUCAAAGGAGGAAUGCUGUAAGACAAAAAUCUGAGUUUCCAUGGAAACACGGAGAGUCUCACCUCUGUCCUCGUCUGUGUCCCUGACGUUGUCUGUCCGUCUGUCCCUCAGCGGCGUCUCCUAAAGCCCUCUGUCAGGACUCGUCCUGCCUGUCCACGGAGUUCUGCGGUCAGAUUGGAGAGACCGGGACCUGGGGGUGUCGCUGCAGACCCACAGAAGUACAGAAGUUUAGGGAUUUAAAAUCUCUGGGUAAGACCGGUUCUGUUCUGGUUCUGGUUCUGUUCUGGUUCAGAAGCUGCUGUGGUUCCUCAGGGACAACGUUUUAUUUUGAUUGAACUCAAAGCGACAGCAGGAGACGUCCCCUCAGAAGACGUCACAGAUUUAUUUACAGGAGGAGGUCAAAUUUCGGUUUUUUAAAGUCUUCAGAGAGAAAGACGGACGUAUCUGACAGGUCCCGUCCCUGUUGUGUCCCUUAGGUAAUGCUACCACCUGUGGCGCCGGCUCCGCCUCCGCCUCUCUGGUGAACUGUCUGCUGGUGGAGAAAGGCAUCGACUAUAAGACCCUCCGGCUAAACGACGAGAAGUGUAAAGGUCAGCUGGUGGACGGGUUUGUGGUCUUCAGCUUCAGCAACACUGAGACAUGUGGGGCCGAGGUCACAGUAAGUCCUGAUCUUGAGCCGGUCUCAGGAGUCUCUGUGGGUCCUUGGGGGGUACUGACUCACAGUAUUUAAAGGGAUAUUCCAGCGUAAAAUUAAUUUAUGGUCAAACCCACCGUAACACCGAGUUAGACCCCGCCCCCAGAGAUGAAUGUUGCCCUCCAGCCAGAGUACUAACCACCAAACAUCAUUUAACUUUGACUCAUUUCUUUAGCAAAGAAACUAAACACAACUCACCUACUCUCUUCCAGCAGACGCUUGUUUGUAGAGAGACCUCAGGUCAGUCCAUUACAGACUACAGCGGGGUGACGCAGCUCAAGGAAGAACAUUUAUGAUCAUUUCUUUAUCAUUUCCUUGAAGUAAUAAUCACCAUAUUGAUCAUUUUACAGACGCGGUAGUUCUUCUGUCUUAGCGUCUCGGUCUGAUUGUAUUUCCAUGAAGAAAUGAUCAUAAAUGUUCUUCCUUGAGCUGCGUCACCCCGCUGUAGUCUGUAAUGGACUGGCCUGAGGUCUCUCUACAAACAAGCGUCUGCUGGAAGAGAGUAGGUGAGUUGUGUUUAGUCUCUUUGCUAAAGAAAUGAGUCAAAGUUAAAAAGAUGUUUGGUGUCUAGUACUACGGCAACAUUCAUCUCUGGAGGCGGGGUCUAACUCGGUGUUACGGUGGGUUUGACCAUAAAUCAAUUUUCCGCCGGAUUUUCCCUUUAAGAGAGCGCUUCAAUCUGACCCCUGUGACCCUGCAGGACAAAGAUGGAGCCGUGAACUACAAGAACAACAUCCAGAGCAUGGAGCUUCCCCCCGAGGCCAUCCUUCGCUCAGACCCGGUGGACAUCGCCUUCUCCUGUAACUUCGCUCAGCCCAAACUCCAGCUGAUGUCCUUCAAAGUGACGGGCAGGUGAGGACCGAGAGUCCACCUCAGAUCCUGGUCUUCAGAGCUGUCCGCGGGUUUGUGUGACAGUUGUGUGUUUCUGCGUUUGUGUAUUUUCAGCUCCUCGGUGGUCAACAAACCGGUGAAGGCGGGAACCUGGGACUAUACCAUCACCAUGAAGGCCUUCGCCAACAAGGAACGUACAGAGAUCCUCAAGUCUGUGGAGAUGAACCAGAGGAUCUGGAUCGAGCUCAAGGCCACAGGUGUGGACAGUAAGGCGGCGGCGGUUCUGUUUGACUCCUGCUGGGCCACCAAGCAGAAAGACCCCCAGUCCGACCCCAAAUACUACCUGGUCUCCAAUGGGUAAGGGCGUGUCCAGGUCCAAGAGAAACCGCACUGCUGUGGGUCCUUCAGAGUCUGAUCUGGUUCCAUGUGUGUGUGUGUUUGUGAUCAGCUGUAAGAACCCCAAAGACCCGACGGUCCAGCUGACCGGGAACGGAGCCGGAGUCCUGAGUGUGUUCUCCUUCAAGACCUUCCAGUUCCCCAACAGCAACAGUGAGGUCUUCCUGCACUGCAAGGUCAACAUGUGUGGAAUCAAGAAGAACAAGAGCUGUGUGCCGGUACGACACACUCUAACACACACAGACACACACUGACACACACUGACACACACAGACACACACAGACACACACUGACAGACACUGACACACACUGACACACACUGACACACACUGACACACACAGACACACUCUAACACACACUGACACACACUGACACACACUGACAGACACUGACACACACUGACACACACUGACAGACACAAACACACACAGACACACUCUAACACACACUGACACACACAGACACACUCUAACACACACUGACACACACUGACACACACAGACACACACUGACACACACAGACACACACUGACACACACAGACACACACAGACACACACUGACACACACAGACACACACUGACACACACUGACACACACUGACACACACAGACACACACAGACACACACUGACAGACACAAACACACACUGACACACACUGACACACACACAGACUGGUCUGUAGAGGUUCUGGUCCAGACUAACUCCUGGUCCUGGUCUUGGUUCUUGACUCUGUAGGACUGUUCCAAAACUGGGCGGAGACGGCGCUCCCCCAGCUGGCUCUCUGGAGACUCCCCAUUGGUCACCAUGGCCUGGGCCAGAUAGGUGAGACUCUCCUUCUCCUCCUCUCCUUCUCCUCACUCUCUCCUACUCUCUAGUCCUCUCUCCUCCUCUCUCCUCCUCCUCCUCUCUCCUCCUCUCCUCUCUCCUCUUCUCUCCUCCUCCUCCUCUCUCCUCCUCUCUCCUCUUCUCUUCUUUCCUCCCCUCUCCUCCUCUCCUCUCUCCUCUUCUCUCCUCCUCCUCCUCUCCUCUCUCCUCUUCUCCCCCUCCUCUCUCCUCCUCUCCUCUGUCCUCUUCUCUUCUCUCCUCUCUCCUCCUCCUCUCCUCUCCUCCUCUCUAGUCCUCUCUCCUCCUCCUCCUCCUCUCUCCUCUUCUCUUCUCUCCUCCUCUCUCCUCCUCUCCUCUCUCCUCUUCUCUCCUCCUCUCUCCUAUUCUCUCCUCCUCCUCCUCUCUCCUCCUCUCCUCUCAUCCCCUUCUCUCUCCUCUCCUCCUCUCUCCUCCUCUCCUCUCCUCUUCUUUCCUCCUGCUCCUCUCUCCUCCUCCUCUCCUCCUCCUCUCUCCUUCUCCUCUUCUCUUCCUCUCUCCUCCUCUCCUCUCAUCCCCUUCUCUCUCCUCUCCUCCUCCUCUCUCCUCCUCUCCUCUCUCCUCUUCUCUCCUCCUCCUCUUCUCUCCUCCUCUCCUCCUUUCCUCUCUCCUCCUCUCCUCUCAUCCCCUUCUCUCUCCUCUCCUCCUCCUCUCUCCUCCUCACUCCUCCUCUCUCUCCUCCUCUCCUCACUCUCCUCCUCUCUCUCCUCUCUCCUCCUCCUCCUCUCUCCUCCUCUCCUCUCUUCCUCUCCUCUCAUCCCCUUCUCUCUCCUCUCCUCCUCUCUCCUCUCCUCUUCUCUCCUCCUCCUCCUCUCCUCUCCUCCUCUCUAGUCCUCUCUCCUCCUCUCCUCUCUCCUCCUCUCUCCUCCUCUCCUCUCUCCUCUUCUCUUCUUUCCUCCUCUCUCCUCCUCUCCUCUGUCCUCUUCUCUUCUCUCCUCUCUCCUCCUCCUCUCCUCUCCUCCUCUCUAGUCCUCUCUCCUCCUCCUCCUCCUCUCUCCUCUUCUCUCCUCUCCUCCUCUCUCCUAUUCUCUCCUCCUCCUCUCUCCUCCUCUCCUCUUUCCUCGCUCUCCUCCUCUCCUCUCAUCCCCUUCUCUCUCCUCUCCUCCUCUCUCCUCCUCUCCUCUUCUCACCUCCUCCUCCUCUCUCCUCCUCUCCUCUCUCCUCUUCUCUCCUCCUUCUCCUCCUCUCUCCUCUUCUCUUCUCUUCCUCUCUCCUCCUCUCCUCUCAUCCCCUUCUCUCUCCUCUCCUCCUCCUCUCUCCUCCUCCUCUUUCCUACUCCUUUCUCUCCUCCUCCUCUCUCCUCCUCUCCUCUCUCCUCUUCUCUCCUCCUCCUCCUCUCUCCUCUUCUCUCCUCCUCCUCCUCCUCUCUCCUCUUCUCUUCCUCUCUCCUCCUCUCCUCUCUUCCCCUUCUCUCUCCUCUCCUCCUCCUCUCUCCUACUCCUUUCUCUCCUCCUCCUCUCUCCUACUCCUUUCUCUCCUCCUCCUCUCUCCUACUCCUUUCUCUCCUCCUCCUCUCUCCUACUCCUUUCUCUCCUCCUCCUCUCCUCCUCUCUCCUCUCCUCUCUCCUCUUCUCUCCUCCUCCUCCUCUCCUCUCCUCCUCUUUAGUCCUCUCUCCUCCUUCUCCUCUCUCCUCCUCUCCUCUCUCCUCUUCUCUCCUCCUCUCUCCUCCUCUCCUCUUUCCUCGCUCUCCUCCUCCUCCUCUCCUCUCAUCCCCUUCUCUCCUCUCCUCCUCUCUCCUCCUCUCCUCUCUCCUCUCCUCUUCUCUCCUCCUCUCUCCUCCUCUCCUCUCUCCUCUUCUCUCCUCCUCUCCUCCUCUCCUCUCUCCUCCUCUCCUCUCAUCCCCUUCUCUCUCCUCUCCUCCUCCUCUCUCCUCCUCUCUCCUCCUCUCCUCACUUCUCCUCUCCUCUCUCCUACUCCUUUCUCUCCUCCUCCUUUCUCAUCCUCCUCUCUCCUCCUCUCCUCUCUCCUCUUCUCUCCUCCUCUCUCCUCUUCUCUCCUCCUCUAUCCUCCUCUCCUCUCUCCUCUUCUCUUCUCCUCUCUCCUCCUCUCUCCUCUUCUCUUCUCCUCCUCCUCUCUCCUCCUCUCCUCUCUCCUCUUCUCUCCUCCUCCUCCUCUCUCCUCCUCCUCUCUCCUCUUCUCUUCUUUCCUCCUCUCUCCUCCUCUCCUCUCUCCUCUUCUCUCCUCCUCCUCCUCUCCUCUCUCCUCUUCGCCUCCUCCUCUCUCCUCCUCUCCUCUCUCCUCUUCUCUCCUCCUCCUCCUCUCUCCUCCUCCUCUCCUCUCUCCUCCUCUCCUCCUCUCCUCUCUCCUCUCUCCUCUUCUCUCCUCCUCCUCCUCUCCUCUCUCCUCUUCUCCUCCUCCUCUCUCCUCCUCUCCUCUGUCCUCUUCUCUUCUCUCCUCUCUCCUCCUCCUCUCCUCUCCUCCUCUCUAGUCCUCUCUCCUCCUCCUCCUCCUCUCUCCUCUUCUCUUCUCUCCUCCUCUCUCCUCCUCUCCUCUCUCCUCCUCUCCUCUUCUCUCCUCUCCUCCUCUCUCCUAUUCUCUCCUCCUCCUCCUCUCUCCUCCUCUCCUCUCUCCUCUUCUCUCCUCCUCUCCUCCUCUCCUCUCUCCUCCUCUCCUCUCAUCCCCUUCUCUCUCCUCUCCUCCUCCUCUCUCCUCCUCCUUUCUCUCCUCCUCCUCUCUCCUACUCCUUUCUCUCCUCCUCUCUCCUACUCCUUUCUCUCCUCCUCUCUCCUCUCCUCUCUCCUCUUCUCUCCUCCUCCUCCUCUCCUCUCCUCCUCUUUAGUCCUCUCUCCUCCUUCUCCUCUCUCCUCCUCUCCUCUCUCCUCUUCUCUCCUCCUCUCUCCUCCUCUCCUCUUUCCUCGCUCUCCUCCUCCUCCUCUCCUCUCAUCCCCUUCUCUCUCCUCUCCUCCUCUCUCCUCCUCUCCUCUCUCCUCUCCUCUUCUCUCCUCCUCUCUCCUCCUCUCCUUUCUCCUCUUCUCUCCUCCUCUCCUCUCUCCUCCUCUCCUCUCAUCCCCUUCUCUCUCCUCUCCUCCUCCUCUCUCCUUCUCUCUCCUCCUCUCCUCACUUCUCCUCUCCUCUCUCCUACUCCUUUCUCUCCUCCUCCUCUCUCCUCCUCCUCUCUCCUCCUCUCCUCUCUCCUCUUCUCUCCUCCUCUCUCCUCCUCUCCUCUCUCCUCUUCUCUCCUCCUCUAUCCUCCUCUCCUCUCUCCUCUUCUCUUCUCCUCUCUCCUCCUCUCCUCUCUCCUCUUCUCUUCUCCUCCUCCUCUCUCCUCCUCCUCCUCUCUCCUCCUCUCCUCUCUCCUCUUCUCUCCUCCUCCUCCUCUCUCCUCCUCCUCUCUCCUCUUCUCUUCUUUCCUCCUCUCUCCUCCUCUCCUCUCAUCCCCUUCUCUCUCCUCUCCUCCUCCUCUCUCCUUCUCUCUCCUCCUCUCCUCACUUCUCCUCUCCUCUCUCCUACUCCUUUCUCUCCUCCUCCUCUCUCCUCCUCCUCUCUCCUCCUCUCCUCUCUCCUCUUCUCUCCUCCUCUCUCCUCCUCUCCUCUCUCCUCUUCUCUCCUCCUCUAUCCUCCUCUCCUCUCUCCUCUUCUCUUCUCCUCUCUCCUCCUCUCCUCUCUCCUCUUCUCUCCUCCUCCUCCUCUCCUCUCUCCUCUUCUCCUCCUCCUCUCUCCUCCUCUCCUCUCUCCUCUUCUCUCCUCCUCCUCCUCUCUCCUCCUCCUCUCUCCUCUUCUCUUCUUUCCUCCUCUCUCCUCCUCUCCUCUCUCCUCUUCUCUCCUCCUCCUCCUCUCCUCUCUCCUCUUCUCCUCCUCCUCUCUCCUCCUCUCCUCUGUCCUCUUCUCUUCUCUCUCCUCCUCCUCUCCUCUCCUCCUCUCUAGUCCUCUCUCCUCCUCCUCCUCCUCUCUCCUCUUCUCUUCUCUCCUCUCCUCUCCUCUCUCCUCCUCUCCUCUCUCCUCUUCUCUCCUCUCCUCCUCUCUCCUAUUCUCUCCUUCUCCUCUCUCCUCCUCUCCUCUUUCCUCGCUCUCCUCCUCUCCUCUCAUCCCCUUCUCUCUCCUCUCCUCCUCUCUCCUCCUCUCCUCUUCUCUCCUCCUCCUCCUCUCUCCUCCUCUCCUCUCUCCUCUUCUCUCCUCCUCCUCUCUCCUCUUCUCUUCUCUUCCUCUCUCCUCCUCUCCUCUCAUCCCCUUCUCUCUCCUCUCCACCUCCUCUCUCCUCCUCCUCUCUCCUACUCCUUUCUCUCCUCCUCCUCUCUCCUCCUCUCCUCUCUCCUCUUCUCUCCUCCUCCUCUUCUCUCCUCCUCUCCUCCUUUCCUCUCUCCUCCUCUCCUCUCAUCCCCUUCUCUCUCCUCUCCUCCUCCUCUCUCCUCCUCCUCUCUCCUACUCCUUUCUCUCCUCCUCCUCUCUCCUCCUCUCCUCUCUCCUCUUCUCUCCUCCUCCUCCUCUCUCCUCCUCUCCUCUCUCCUCUUCUCUCCUCCUCCUCCUCCUCUCUCCUCUUCUCUUCCUCUCUCCUCCUCUCCUCUCAUCCCCUUCUCUCUCCUCUCCUCCUCCUCUCUCCUCCUCUCUCCUCCUCUCCUCUCCUCUCUCCUACUCCUUUCUCUCCUCCUCCUCUCUCCUCCUCUCCUCUCAUCCCCUUCUCUCUCCUCUCCUCCUCCUCUCUCCUCCUCUCUCCUCCUCUCCUCUCUCCUACUCCUUUCUCUCCUCCUCCUCUCUCCUCCUCCUCUCUCCUCUUCUCUUCUCUCCUCCUCUCUCCUCUUCUCUUCUCUCCUCCUCUCUCCUCCUCUCCUCUCUCCUCUUCUCUCCUCCUCUCCUCUCUCCUCCUCUCCUCUCUCCUACUCCUCUCUCCUCCUCUCCUCUCUCCUCUUCUCUCCUCCUCUCCUCACUCCUCCUCUCCUCUCUCCUACUCCUUUCUCUCCUCCUCUCUCCUCUCCUCUCUCCUCUUCUCUCCUCCUCCUCCUCUCCUCUCCUCCUCUUUAGUCCUCUCUCCUCCUUCUCCUCUCUCCUCCUCUCCUCUCUCCUCUUCUCUCCUCCUCUCUCCUCCUCUCCUCUUUCCUCGCUCUCCUCCUCCUCCUCUCCUCUCAUCCCCUUCUCUCUCCUCUCCUCCUCUCUCCUCCUCUCCUCUCUCCUCUCCUCUUCUCUCCUCCUCUCUCCUCCUCUCCUCUCUCCUCUUCUCUCCUCCUCUCCUCCUCUCCUCUCUCCUCCUCUCCUCUCAUCCCCUUCUCUCUCCUCUCCUCCUCCUCUCUCCUUCUCUCUCCUCCUCUCCUCACUUCUCCUCUCCUCUCUCCUACUCCUUUCUCUCCUCCUCCUCUCUCCUCCUCCUCUCUCCUCCUCUCCUCUCUCCUCUUCUCUCCUCCUCUCUCCUCCUCUCCUCUCUCCUCUUCUCUCCUCCUCUAUCCUCCUCUCCUCUCUCCUCUUCUCUUCUCCUCUCUCCUCCUCUCCUCUCUCCUCUUCUCUUCUCCUCCUCCUCUCUCCUCCUCCUCCUCUCUCCUCCUCUCCUCUCUCCUCUUCUCUCCUCCUCCUCCUCUCUCCUCCUCAUCUCUCCUCUUCUCUUCUUUCCUCCUCUCUCCUCCUCUCCUCUCUCCUCUUCUCCUCCUCCUCUCUCCUCCUCUCCUCUCAUCCCCUUCCCUCUCCUCUCCACCUCCUCUCUCCUCCUCCUCUCUCCUACUCCUUUCUCUCCUCCUCCUCUCUCCUCCUCUCCUCUCUCCUCUUCUCUCCUCCUCCUCUUCUCUCCUCCUCUCCUCCUUUCCUCUCUCCUCCUCUCCUCUCAUCCCCUUCUCUCUCCUCUCCUCCUCCUCUCUCCUCCUCCUCUCUCCUACUCCUUUCUCUCCUCCUCCUCUCUCCUCCUCUCCUCUCUCCUCUUCUCUCCUCCUCCUCCUCUCUCCUCCUCUCCUCUCUCCUCUUCUCUCCUCCUCCUCCUCCUCUCUCCUCUUCUCUUCCUCUCUCCUCCUCUCCUCUCAUCCCCUUCUCUCUCCUCUCCUCCUCCUCUCUCCUCCUCUCCUCACUCCUCCUCUCCUCUCUCCUACUCCUUUCUCUCCUCCUCCUCUCUCCUCCUCUCCUCUCAUCCCCUUCUCUCUCCUCUCCUCCUCCUCUCUCCUCCUCUCUCCUCCUCUCCUCUCUCCUCCUUUCCUCUCUCCUACUCCUUUCUCUCCUCCUCCUCUCUCCUCCUCCUCUCUCCUCUUCUCUUCUCUCCUCCUCUCUCCUCUUCUCUUCUCUCCUCCUCUCUCCUCCUCUCCUCUCUCCUCUUCUCUCCUCCUCUCCUCUCUCCUCCUCUCCUCUCUCCUACUCCUCUCUCCUCCUCUCCUCUCUCCUCUUCUCUCCUCAUCCUCCUCUCCUCUCUCCUCUUCUCUCCUCCUCUCCUCACUCCUCCUCUCCUCUCUCCUACUCCUCUCUCCUCCUCUCCUCUCAUCCCCUUCUCUCUCCUCCUCUCCUCUCUCCUACUCCUUUCUCUCCUCCUCUCUCCUCUCCUCUCUCCUCUUCUCUCCUCCUCCUCCUCUCCUCUCCUCCUCUUUAGUCCUCUCUCCUCCUUCUCCUCUCUCCUCCUCUCCUCUCUCCUCUUCUCUCCUCCUCUCUCCUCCUCUCCUCUUUCCUCGCUCUCCUCCUCCUCCUCUCCUCUUAUCCCCUUCUCUCUCCUCUCCUCCUCGCUCCUCCUCUCCUCUCUCCUCUCCUCUUCUCUCCUCCUCUCUCCUCCUCUCCUCUCUCCUCUUCUCUCCUCCUCUCCUCCUCUCCUCUCUCCUCCUCUCCUCUCAUCCCCUUCUCUCUCCUCUCCUCCUCCUCUCUCCUUCUCUCUCCUCCUCUCCUCACUUCUCCUCUCCUCUCUCCUACUCCUUUCUCUCCUCCUCCUCUCUCCUCCUCCUCUCUCCUCCUCUCCUCUCUCCUCCUCUCCUCUCUCCUCUUCUCUCCUCCUCUCUCCUCCUCUCCUCUCUCCUCUUCUCUCCUCCUCUAUCCUCCUCUCCUCUCUCCUCUUCUCUUCUCCUCUCUCCUCCUCUCCUCUCUCCUCUUCUCUUCUCCUCCUCCUCUCUCCUCCUCCUCCUCUCUCCUCCUCUCCUCUCUCCUCUUCUCUCCUCCUCCUCCUCUCUCCUCCUCCUCUCUCCUCUUCUCUUCUUUCCUCCUCUCUCCUCCUCUCCUCUCUCCUCUUCUCCUCCUCCUCUCUCCCCCUCUCCUCUCUCCUCUUCUCCUCCUCCUCUCUCCUCCUCUCCUCUCUCCUCUUCUCUCCUCCUCCUCCUCUCUCCUCCUCCUCUCUCCUCUUCUCUUCUUUCCUCCUCUCUCCUCCUCUCCUCUCUCCUCUUCUCUCCUCCUCCUCCUCUCCUCUCUCCUCUUCUCCUCCUCCUCUCUCCUCCUCUCCUCUGUCCUCUUCUCUUCUCUCCUCUCUCCUCCUCCUCUCCACUCCUCCUCUCUAGUCCUCUCUCCUCCUCCUCCUCCUCUCUCCUCUUCUCUCCUCCUCUCUCCUCCUCUCCUCUCUCCUCCUCUCCUCUCUCCUCUUCUCUCCUCUCCUCCUCUCUCCUAUUCUCUCCUUCUCCUCUCUCCUCCUCUCCUCUUUCCUCGCUCUCCUCCUCUCCUCUCAUCCCCUUCUCUCUCCUCUCCUCCUCUCUCCUCCUCUCCUCUUCUCUCCUCCUCUCUCCUCCUCUCCUCUCUCCUCUUCUCUCCUCCUCCUCUCUCCUCUUCUCUUCUCUUCCUCUCUCCUCCUCUCCUCUCAUCCCCUUCUCUCUCCUCUCCACCUCCUCUCUCCUCCUCCUCUCUCCUACUCCUUUCUCUCCUCCUCCUCUCUCCUCCUCUCCUCUCUCCUCUUCUCUCCUCCUCCUCUUCUCUCCUCCUCUCCUCCUUUCCUCUCUCCUCCUCUCCUCUCAUCCCCUUCUCUCUCCUCUCCUCCUCCUCUCUCCUCCUCCUCUCUCCUACUCCUUUCUCUCCUCCUCCUCUCUCCUCCUCUCCUCUCUCCUCUUCUCUCCUCCUCCUCCUCUCUCCUCUUCUCUCCUCCUCCUCCUCCUCUCUCCUCUUCUCUUCCUCUCUCCUCCUCUCCUCUCAUCCCCUUCUCUCUCCUCUCCUCCUCCUCUCUCCUCCUCUCUCCUCCUCUCCUCUCUCCUACUCCUUUCUCUCCUCCUCCUCUCUCCUCCUCCUCUCUCCUCUUCUCUUCUCUCCUCCUCUCUCCUCUUCUCUUCUCUCCUCCUCUCUCCUCCUCUCCUCUCUCCUCUUCUCUCCUCCUCUCCUCUCUCCUACUCCUUCCUCUCCUCCUCCUCUCUCCUCCUCUCCUCUCUCCUCUUCUCUCCUCCUCCUCCUCUCCUCUCUCCUCUUCUCUCCUCCUCUCCUCACUCCUCCUCUCCUCUCUCCUACUCCUCUCUCCUCCUCUCCUCUCAUCCCCUUCUCACUCCUCCUCUCCUCUCUCCUACUCCUUUCUCUCCUCCUCCUCUCUCCUCCUCUCCUCUCAUCCCCUUCUCUCUCCUCUCCUCCUCCUCUCUCCUCCUCUCUCCUCCUCUCCUCUCUCCUACUCCUUUCUCUCCUCCUCCUCUCUCCUCCUCCUCUCUCCUCUUCUCUUCUCUCCUCCUCUCUCCUCUUCUCUUCUCUCCUCCUCUCUCCUCCUCUCCUCUCUCCUCUUCUCUCCUCCUCUCCUCUCUCCUACUCCUUCCUCUCCUCCUCCUCUCUCCUCCUCUCCUCUCUCCUCUUCUCUCCUCCUCCUCCUCUCCUCUCUCCUCUUCUCUCCUCCUCUCCUCACUCCUCCUCUCCUCUCUCCUACUCCUCUCUCCUCCUCUCCUCUCAUCCCCUUCUCACUCCUCCUCUCCUCUCUCCUACUCCUUUCUCUCCUCCUCCUCUCUCCUCCUCUCCUCUCUCCUCUUCUCUCCUCCUCUCCUCUCUCCUACUCCUUCCUCUCCUCCUCCUCUCUCCUCCUCUCCUCUCUCCUCUUCUCUCCUCCUCCUCCUCUCCUCUCUCCUCUUCUCUCCUCCUCUCCUCACUCCUCCUCUCCUCUCUCCUACUCCUCUCUCCUCCUCUCCUCUCAUCCCCUUCUCACUCCUCCUCUCCUCUCUCCUACUCCUUUCUCUCCUCCUCCUCUCUCCUCCUCUCCUCUCUCUGACCAAUCACUGUCCCGUCCCUUGAUUUCUCAGGUCGUUUCCAUGGAAACCAGGACUGA